CUCUCUCUCUCUCGUUCGCUUCACUCUUGUCCACAUCGGCGCAUAAUAAAUAAAUAAUACAUUUCAGUCGAGGCGCAGGCGCGUCGCAUCUCAAACGAGUCUCUUGUCAGCGCAGGUCGGACGGUCAUAUCAAAGAUCUGCUGCGUCAUUAGUUAAGCGGUGGUCGAUAAAAAAGGAAUAAACGCAGAAUUGUGUUGGGUUUCCAGGCAGCUCAUCAUGGCUUCUCUUGAAAUGAUUUUUUCACUCGUAGCUUUAUUUGGUUUUGUGACCGCUGGAUUGGACAUAAGAAGAGCACCCUUGUUCCUGGAAAAGCGGGAGGCAAAUAGCAUCAUUUCCCGUCAGAGGAGAGCAAACGCAGGUGAUGAAGAGACUAAAUUACCUGCUAACCUGGAGAGGGAAUGUUUAGAAGAAGUCUGUGAUUAUGAGGAAGCCAGAGAAGUUUUCCAGGACAAUUAUCGUACAGAUCUCUUCUGGUCCGUCUACAUCGAUGGUGACCAGUGUGCUGACCAGCCGUGUAAGAAUGGAGCCUUAUGUGCAGAUAGUGUGGGGGGAUAUGACUGCAUCUGUAAAUCUGGUUUCGCGGGAACUCACUGCGAGACAGAUCAAACAGUGUGUCCUAUAGAUAAGAGCAAAGGCUGCAGUCAGUUCUGUAAACCCGGCUAUCAGUCGUAUGAGUGUCUGUGCGCCCGUGGCUGGAAACUGAAGGAGAGAGAACAGUGCGUCCCAGCAGUGGCGUUCCCAUGUGGAAAAGUGAGCAGUUUAAGCCAGUGGGACAGACGUCAAUCAACUAACGUUCAGUCUGAGUAUGAAGGACUCACCUGCGGUUCAGAAGAGUGUCCCUGGCAGGCGUUGCUGCGUCACGGCUCAGAUGGCUUCUGCAGUGGUGUCAUUCUUAAGGAGAAUAUGAUUCUUACCACAGCGCAGUGUGUAAGGAAGUACGAUGAUUUCCAGGUGGCAGUGGGUAAAACCAUGACGACGUUUGAGGCAGGUGAACAGGUGCUGCAAGUAAAGCAGGUGCACAUCCAUCCGCUCUACACUGACAGCAGUCCUCAGAACGACAUGGCCAUGCUGGAGCUGAGGGACAAGAUCGUCUUCAAGAAGCGCGUAGUGCCGGCAUGUCUGCCAGAGAGAGAUUUCGCUGACAGCGUCCUCAUGGCAGGAAACUAUAUGGGUACAGUCACCGGAUGGAAGGACUUUCAGGGGAAUCUCUUAUUAAACCACCUGUCUUAUGAGAAACUAGCAGUGUGUUCACAACGUCACUCUGCUCAGGUGACCAACAAGAUGUCGUGUACUCUACCGCAAGCUAAAGCAGACUGCAUCUUUGGAUCGGGAAGCCCUGUACUCACUCUUUAUCGAGAGGUUUUCUUCCUCACUGGCAUUGUGAGCCAACCUUCAGGAAUCGACUGUAAGAAUGGUUAUGUCAUACAGAAAGUGUCUCGCUCUUUGCCAUGGUUAAACUCUUUUAUGCGUCCAUGAUAAAAUACGACACUUGACUCAUUCUGUGUUAACCUUAACCAAAGGUCCCUGGCUAAAAACUCCUGCAUGUAACUCAAGAAGUAUUAAACUUAUCUUAGCACUCUUUAAGAUUCUUGUUCUUAACAAAUUUGUCCUAUUUGAUCUACAUUUAAAAGACCCUGUAUGGUACAAUGGCAGAGUAAACAUUUACCCAUUUUCAAUGGUAAAAACAGCUGAUACUUAUUAUAUUUGAAGAAGAAUGUCUGAAAAACAAAUACUAAUGAAACCAACCUUAAUUUAUUCACAAUUAAAAAAAUAUUUCUAUGUGAGAGUCACAAAAUAAACUGUUAUGAAGAAGAAGGAAAACGUUUUGCUAUUAACCUGGAGCAGUACUUUUUUUCACUUUCAGAAAUAUACAAAGCUCUGAAGUAAUUUUAAGGUUAAAUUCUGCUUUCCAGAGUUGUUUUAAAGUUGGAGGUGAUAUUGUAUAAUAUACCCAAACUGUAAAACAUGUAAAAAAAUGUGUUUUACAAUUUAUUUAUUUCACAUUUUAUUAGAGGAAUAAACUACAAACAUUUACACCAAAUUCACAUUUUUUUUGUUUUAUAAUUAAUUAUAUGUGUUACUGAUUGUCAGGAUUUUUAUCUGCAAAAAUUUCAAAUUAACAUUACAUGUCCGUAAUAAAAAAUGUCUGGAAAAAUAUUUUUACAAUGAAAAAAUGCAGAUACAUUUUUACUUUGUUAGUCAAUUUAGACAAACUUAUUGGCAGAAAAAAUAUUGUGUAGGUAAAUAGGUCUACUUAACUUGUAUUAAACCAUUUCACAUACACUGUAAAAAUGUAAUGUGCUGUGCUGUAAUGUACUGAAAUCAACUUGUUUCGUUUAGUUCAUUUAACUGUUUGGUUUUACUAUAUGGUUUUGCUUUACAUUUGUUGUUGUUGUUGUUGUUUUAUGCAGGGUUGAUUAUGCAUUAGGGCUGGGUGGUAUAUCGAGUUAUGAUUUUAUAUAUACACAUACAUACAUAAAUUUUUUCCCAGCUGGAUAUGGGAUGAGACAUUACGACUAGAGAUGCACCGAUACCACUUUUUUGGAAUACGAGUAUGAGUACUUGAAUUUCAGUACUUGCCGAUACCGAUACCGAGUGUACUUAAUAAAAAAACAUGAUUUAAAUUUACAGGUAACAGCUUUAGUCAUAUAAUUUAACAAAAAAACAAAGGACUAGUUUUCCAGUUUGUUGUAAACUGUGCCUCUUUGGACAACACGAGGCAUUAACCCCUUACACGCUGCUCAAACAUAGACAUUUCUCAGACAGUGGUAUCGAUUCCAGGUAUCGGGAGACUUUUAACGAGUACGAGUACUUUAGAAAAUUUGGUAACGAGGCCGAUACCAGUAUCGGUAUCCGUGCAUCCCUAAUUACGACCUCUAUCAGUAUAGUUGAUAUGAACAGAAAUGUACACUGAGGUCACAGGUGUAAGCUUUCCAACCAGCUUGCAUGUUGUGCAUCUGUAUAUUAUCUUUGAAUUUUAUUUUCAUCAUAUACUGUUUUAAUAAAGGUGAUUGUGACAUCUCAAAUUAGUCUU